CCUUCCCUCCUCUUCUCUUCUUCCCUGCGCCACAACAUCGUAGAGCUCCUCUUUUGCCCUCCGCCUGCUGCAUUCUGCGGUUCAGUAAGCCACGAGAGAGCCCGAGGGAGAGGAGAAAGGGAUAGUAGUGUGGGUGUGGUUGUCCCUGGUGUCGGAGCGAAAGUAGUUUAAGAGGUGUGUUAAUGUAAGCAAGCUCUCGCCUAGUGAAUAGCGUUGGUGAUCUUAAGCAAGCAAGCGAGCUCUAGCCCAAGAGGGUGAGUGGGGACUCAGUGACGUGAUUGAGCUUGGAGCCUGAACAACCAGGAUUGUCGAGUGAAGUCCGUGGUGUGGUGGAGACUUGCCUACAAUACCCUGCACGCGAGCGGGCACGCAGAGGAGACCGAGGCUUCUCCCCUGAGUUGCUGCUGUCGAGACGCGGCAUAUCCCCGAAAAGGGUUUAAGAUAGUGGUCGAUCAGAGAGUCUGCGCGCUCUCUGUCGUAGGUCGUGCACGGGCUGGGAGUGAUAUCGACUGAUUGUCGUUCUCUACGUUGAAGUAGGCAAUGGCGGACGAUUCGCCGGUAGUGAAGAAGACCGGGAAGGUGAAAUGGUUCAAUAGCAGUAAAGGGUUUGGUUUCAUCACCCCUGAUGAUGGCGGUGAGGACCUCUUUGUCCACCAAACGUCUAUCCAUGCUGAGGGAUUUAGGUCUUUGAGGGAAGGAGAGAGCGUUGAGUUUACUGUCGAAGUAGGAGAAGACAAUCGAACCAAAGCUCUGGAUGUCACUGGACCCGGAGGAAGUUACGUCCAAGGUGCUCCUCGUCGAGACGGGUAUGGAGGUGGAGGAAGAGGAGGUGGUGGUGGAGGUGGUGGUGGUGGAGGAAAUUUCAGCGGAGGAAUGGGUAGAGGAAGGGGCCGUGGUGGAAGAGGCGGAGGCAACUUCGCCGGAGGAGGCGGUGGCGGAGAUCGGACAUGUUACAACUGCGGAGAGCCUGGACACAUUGCUCGUAACUGUCCCAGUGAACCUGCUGGCAACGGCAGAGCAGGUGGUGGUGGCGGUGAUGGCGGUAAUCGCAACUGCUACAACUGUGGCGAGUCAGGGCAUCUUGCUCGAGAUUGCGCUCCGGCUGCAGCUGCCUAGACGGCGAUCCACUUUUUUUGAUUUGUGGUCUUCUGGGACCUUUGGUAGUUUUCGGUCGCUGGAAGCCUCGCAGUUUAAUCGUCGAAGGUUUUGAUGAUUUCACUCGAUGGGUGUAAUUCAACUCAAGACCGCAGAAAGAUUGCGCAUUCUCUUGCUUCCCAAUGCUUUCGGCUGUUGUACCUCUGAAGGCAAAGUCCAUCCUCUCUUGAGCUUGUGAUGGCUGAAUGAGGUGAUGUUGCUUAAGCUUCUCAGUUGAUUCUUUUUGUGGGGGUGUGAAGUGGACGUCUUGAAGGAGAACUUUCGUUUAUCGUGGAGAAUCCCGCUGUCGUUUUUCUGUGGACGGGCUGUGUGCAAGUUGUGUUGCCCGUUGUUUACUCCACUCUCAACAUCGACGAGCGGCGGGUUAGGGGCGUAGGUGAAAGCAGAAAAGGUCGAGGCCGGUAGAUGUCGUGGGAAAGAAAGUGUUUAGGAUGGGUUGUUACGUUCUGGAAAGCGUACGAAAGUGACGUGUGGAAACUCUGAGAAUGGGUGGCUAGGUCAUGGCUCUAUUCACCCGUCUCUCUUACUUCAUUGCUUCUUUUUAAGGAGCAAGUUUUCACUUCCUCUCCUCUUCGAGGCUAUCCUGUGCUUAAUUUCCUCCUGAGUGCUGAAGACUCUCCUUCGAGAUUUUUUGUAGUAUUCCUUGGCAAGUGGUGGGCUUUCGUUUGCUCUACGGGCCCUGUUUUGUCUCCGUGGUUUUGUUUCCUUCUCCGUCUGAAACUUCUUCCUCGACGUAGGCCGGGAGGCUUGGGUCUUAUGGAGAUGGCGCUUGGUGCAGUGUUGACAUCAGCAAGUUGUGGAAGGCCACGAUUGGUUGACCUUGCCCUCCUUGGUUUUGUCUUUGUACUUCAAUGCCCUCUGCUUAGGAGUGGCAUACCCGGGAGACUUGCUAUUUCGGUUGAGCUAGUAGCUUUUAGUUUUAUUCUUAUACUUUCCUUACAGUAGAUCUCAUUUGGCAUUCCGGACGGCAUGAAAGCCUGUUCUGUAUAGUCACAAAAAAUGUCCGCAUCUUCUCCAAUGCACUUCUACCAUUAAUUUUCCACAGUAUUUCUGUGUCCAAUUUUUGUGUACAACAUCUGGUCUCACUUCUUGUUGUAUCUCGUAAGUGACGUGUUCUUCUCUUUGAUGCCGUGAAUGAUUGUACAAUCAACUCUCAAUUGUGUUAGAAAGUUCGCAGAUCCACCUUGUGCCAUAUACGACAUUGUCGUGCAUUGAGAUCAGGUUCGAUUUUGAUCAAUUGCCGGUGAACGAUGAAGUGCUUCUGCAUGUCGAAACACAGUUUGAAGAAGUUGAGCGUUGUUGAGUUGACGAAUGUGUUCCUUGUCACGAUUAACACAACCUAUCCAAGCGCUCAUGUAACUGUAAAUGGUACUCAUGCGUGAGUAGAGUAAUCUUUCUAUCACACCCGGAACACUUGACAAGUAGGCCAAUCGUAGGGCAAGUGGAAAGACCUGUCCAUGCAACCAGCCAAGAGCAGACGACCGUUAUCUCUUAAUCUCUCAAACUUAACGCACAACUUCAAGGAACGUAAAUAAAGAUGUAAGUUGAC